CUUUUUAUAAAGAAAGUAUAUACUCCUGCAGUCCUGCUGUCUGGCAAACACUUCUCCUUCCUCCUCUUGCCUCGCUGCUCCGCUCAUCUUUUAUUUUCCCCUAAUUAUAAACCCUGAUUUUACCCCAAAUAUCUUAAAAUAUUCAAAAUUUAAUCAAAACUAAAUCAACCCAUUCAAUGGGUUUGCUUUGUUUUGGUUAAUUUGAUUAUUUUUCGCAACACUCAUCUCUUCAAAUUCGCGUCUUUUCACGACAAAACUCAAAUAAAUCUAUAAUUUUUUCUGGGUAGGGUGAAAAGUUGAGAAAGAUUUGAUCUUGCAUUGUGUUUUUGUUAUUAACAAUGGCGGAAACAAAGAAAUAUAUCACAACUGAAGAACUGAAGAGUCACAACAAAGCAGGAGAUCUAUGGAUUUCAAUUCAAGGAAAAGUUUACGAUGUUACAAAUUGGGUGAAAGAUCAUCCAGGAGGAGACAUUCCAUUGCUGCAAUUAGCAGGAAACGAUGUAACAGAUGCAUUCAUUGCGUAUCACCCAGGUACUACAUGGAAAAUUCUUGAUAAAUUCUUUAAUGGGUAUUAUCUGAAGGAUUUUGAGGUUACAGAUAUGUCAAAGGAUUACAGGAAGCUUCACAAUGAAUUUUCGAAGAUGGGUUUGUUUGAUAAGAAAGGUCAUAGUGUAAUUUACAUAUUUAUUUCGAUAUUUAUCAUGUUAAGUUUAUGUGUUUAUGGUGUGAUUUGGUCUGAUAAUGUGCUUGUGCAUCUGGGUUGUGGUGCAUUGAUGGGUAUGGCUUGGAUUCAGAGUGCUUAUUUAGGUCAUGAUUCUGGGCAUUAUCAGAUUAUGUCAAGUCCUGGUUAUAAUAAAGUAGCCCAGAUAUUGACUGGGAAUUGUCUAACUGGGAUUAGUAUGGCUUGGUGGAAAUGGACUCACAAUGCACACCACAUUGCCUGUAAUAGUUUAGACCAUGACCCAGAUCUGCAACACAUACCAGUUUUCGCUGUUUCCACCAAGUUCUUCAACAAUAUGCAGUCUGUUUUCUAUGGGAGGAAGAUGGAUUUUGACCCAGUUGCCAGAUUUCUUGUGAGUUAUCAGCAUAUGACAUAUUACCCUGUUAUGGUUGUUGCUAGGAUUAAUCUAUAUGUGCAGACCUUUUUGCUGUUGUUUAACCCUAACAGGAAGGUUAUCAAUAGAGGUUUGAACAUAAUGGGGAUAAUGGUGUUUUGGACUUGGUACCCUCUCCUUGUUUCUUGUCUUCCUAGUUGGGAGGAAAGGAUCAUGUUUGUGCUCUCAAGCUUUGUGGUUACUGCUUUCCAACACAUCCAGUUUACAUUGAACCAUUUCUCUGCAAAUGUGUAUGUUGGUCAACCUCUUGGGAAUGAUUGGUUCGAGAAACAAACCUUUGGAUCAAUCGACAUUAACACCUCGUCUUGGAUGGAUUGGUUGUUUGGUGGGUUACAGUUUCAGCUCGAACAUCAUUUGUUUCCUAGGUUGCCUCGUUGUAAUCUAAGGAAGGUUGCACCAGUUGUGAAGGAUCUUUGCAAGAAGCAUAAUUUGCCUUACAGGAGUCUGACUUUCUGGGAGGCUAAUGUUUCGACUUUGAAGACACUUAGGGAUGCAGCUCUUCAAGCUCGAGAUCUUUCCAAUCCGAUGCCUAAGAACUUGCUAUGGGAGGCUGUCAAUACUCAUGGUUAAUGUUAAUGUCUCUUAUUUUCCAGUCAAGUUUUGUUUUUAAUUUUCCUUCAAGGAUAAUGCGAGGUUUUUGUUGUCGACAUUUCACAUGGAGGUUUUCUUCAUCUAUCUGCUUUUGCAUCAGCACCUAGACGAUUCACUUCUUUUAGGAAUUUCACUUCGAAUUCAUGUAUCUAUUAUCUAUUUUGUUUUACAUGAAUGAACACAUCAUUAUUAGUUACUA